GCAAAUUUGCCCCUUUUGAUGAUUUUGUUCAUCGGACUUUUCCUUUUAAAUCCUAUAAGUAGCUUGACAAACUGAUGACCUUCUAUAUAUAUGCUAAAGGAGCCAAAAUACAGUGUUAAUUCAAAGUUGUUUCAUUUUGGUGUCCUGCUGCUGCCUUACACAGAAUACAAUCGACUUGCCCCGGGUCUAUUUCUAUGGGGAAAGGGGUUAUCAUGAUCAAACUUUUUGAGAAGAUUUUGAAAAAAAAAACUAGUUCUAACUUGUGGUGCAUGAUCAUGAUAAUUAGCGGAGACACAUGGGCAGAUUAUAAAAAUGUUUACACAGAGAGAUUCGAACGUACGUAGGUAGUAGAAUGGGUCGAGCGAUACGUAUAUUUUCUCUCUAGGAGGGAUCGAGCUCAAAACUACUUUUCCUUGCAAAGACUUUCUUAGUGUUUUACCAACCACAAUAUCGUGUACGACCGUGCUUUAGCAUCUUAUCACAUCCUGUAAUCCGGACGGUUCGAUCCCUAUCUUGAUCGGGUCGCAGAAAUCCGGUCCGUCCGGUCUCUAUCUCCCUGAUAGGGCGCCUUUAGUGGUCGAGAACCUGAAGAACCCUAACCACCAGACUAGGGCUAGCUCUUUCCUGCGCUCACACAGACACGCGCAAGCCACCAUGCCAUGCCAUGCAAGGCUUCUCCAGCCUAUAAAUAGAGGGUGGCCUCUUCUCACAUUCCUUGAGCACAAGCCAGACAGCCACUCUCCAACCACUGAUUAGCUAGCUAGCUAAUCAUCACAUACACUAAACUUAAUUAACAAGAGGUAGCACCAGUAUAUGGGAAGGAGGUCGUCGUUCUUCUGCGCCAUAUUCAGCUUCUCACGGAGGUCGAGGCGGUACGCCUACGUCGACGACGAGGAUAGCGACUGGGAGCAGCCGCCGGCGCUGGGGCUGCACAAGGUCAGGUCCAGCGACGAGGACUCCGGGUGGUGGGUCGGCGAGCGCGACGUCGACCAGAAGGCUGCCGACUUCAUCGCCAGCUUCCACCAGAGGAGCCUCGUGGCCUGAACACCAGCUGCCGCCACCUAUACAUGUACGCACAUGCCCAUCUAGGGAGUACGUCCAGGUUAUUGCAUACAGGAAAUAAGAUCGAUCUGUCGGGAGCUAGCGCGUAUGUGCCUAGCUAGCUUCCCGAUGAGCUGGUAUUAAGUAGACAUAUCAACUGUGUUGGUAUGCUAUGUUAUAUCUUUGGUGUGCACUGUGUGUAACUACGUAGUAGUACGUUCAUAAGUGGUGUGUCGAAUAAUUGCAGCACAAGAGAUGAUAAGGAAUUUAAUGAAACCAUGUAUGUUUCUAUAGCACAAGCUGCUCUCGCUUGUAUACAUAUAUGGACAACUGGAAAUGCGGAAGUCCAGUGGUUGCUCAGUUUCCUUUCACGUAUGUGUAGAUCGACACACACAUACACGUGCGUGCUUGUGCGUGCUGAGGACAUGGACACGUGUGUGCUAAAUCAGUCAUGCAUGCCUCCACGGAAGAGAGCAAUACAAUUGUUGGUUGCAGUCUGCAAAAGUGUAUGUUGUAGAUUUAUCACUGAAAACAUGUUAAUUCACAUACCACACAGCAAUUGCCAUCUUUGCAGAAGUGUCAACUGCAAUGCUAUCCGAAAAAUAAAGUAAUUGUAAUGCACUCUUUGCAACGAUAAAUACGCCAUUGUCCCAAGAUUUUGUUAUCAACAGCUAGGAGAAAUAUGAAUUCACAUCCAUGUACACUGUAGAUUCUUUUUUUGAGAAUAUAUGUACACCGUAGAUUAUCAUGCUUCAGGCGUAUGUCAGGGUAAGCAAAAACAUAAAAUGGUAUAGCAAGGGAUUUGGCAGCAAUACAACGUCCCAUUAUCCAAAAAAACGGCUAUGGAAGCUGUUAUUUCGUUUAUCUGGAGUCCUGGACUUCAGAGGACCUAUUUAUUGAUGCUUACUUGGGAAAUCAACUUUUAAAUUAAUCCGCGGGUUGUAUAUAUCGACACUUUAUCAACAAUAAACUUAUCCUUUCAAUGAUCCUUUCUUUAUGCGGGCAAAUAUUACAAUGGACUAAUUGAAGUAUGUGUAGAUUAUUCACUCAUUUGGUUUGUCAUGACACCCAUGAUGAUAUUGAAAUUUAGAGAUUCUCAUUUUGAAAUACGGCUGUCAUGUGUUCUGAGGAAAUGGUUUUUUUGUGUGUGUGCAUUAGAGGUUAGGUAUUGUGUAGAGAUCUGGAGGUUUCCAGAUCCUGUCCAAUGCUAAGUGCAUGUUGUAGGUUUGGUUGAGCCUAUCACUGAGGAUGGUAUGCACUAUGAUUCUUGUCUGUACCUAAAGUUUUUGACAGAGUUGGUGCAUGCAACACAAACUGAUUAAAGAAUUGUUUGAUAUGUCAAAGUUAAUUAUUCUUUAUUCUCAUAGUAGUGCACAUCUCUUAUUUAUCUUAAAUGUCCACCUGUAAUUCUGUUCAUAUUGAGAUAUUGUGAGGCAUCGCAGAUUGCACCAUCCUAAUAUUUUGUCAACCGAGACAUUGCAAGUUUGCAACAAAUCAAAUGUUCCUGCAACUUUUAUACUGAUAGGGCAACUAAUAAUGUUUCAGUCUCUUUCCUUAAAAGAAGUCAUGAUAUUUCAUCUGAUCGAAUCCUAUUGAAAUUAGUGAAUUUCACAGAACUACAGGUUUAUUGUACAGACCAUCCGAAAACUAGAGGUUUUGAGUAGUCUCAUAGAACUAGAGACCUACGGACCAAUUAUAUAUCACGAAUCUACAGAUUUAGAGCCAUUUCACACUACAAUGUUAGGGUCAAUAAUAUUACAAAACCCGGCCCACAUGGCAUAAUUCAAUAGUUGCUACUAUAUCUAUAAUUCUGUGAUAUGAUUGAUCACAAAUUCUGUGGUCCUGUGAAAAUAUCUUUGGUAUUGUUGUAUUUUGUACAUUAAAUAUCUGCUCUGUUGAAAUUGCAAUGUAAUUGUUGUUCCUUUUGUUUCUCUUUUGCAGAUCCACAGAAGAGAUAAGCAUCAACUGACAUGACAUCAAAAUCGUCCAUGAACAAGGGGACCUGCUGGGUACGAUUGCAAGGCAG